AUGACGGCAUCACUCGAACAGUGCUGCAAGAAUUUGAAGCGCGAUACGCCUGAUGCCCGCAAGUUCGUCGCGGAUAAACUCAUCGAUGCUGCCCGGCGCGGGAGAGUCAGCCUGGCAGCGCAAAGCGAAGUAGGCGAAGAAGCCGUGGCCGAGCUCAACCGCGCCGACGAGGCCGGCGGCUGGCGUUCACUGUUUCAGUGGGCAACUUGA